AUGAGUAAUUCCAUAGAAAACGAAGAGAGAGCUGCGUUGCUUGAUAACAAUAAUAACAGACACUCUUCAGAAGAGGAUAGAAUAUUAAAACAAGUAGUGGUCAAGAUAUGUGCGAGUAUAGCCGCACUUAUCGCUUUCGUAUGCUUCAUAUCAUACCUUGUCCGCGGUCCAGAUGUAUUGCAACAACAGCCUCUUCCGUACUUCAAUGGAACUCAUGGUUUCAACAAGACACUCAUCAUUGUAUCCUUAGACGGAUUUAGGAAUGAUUACUUGAAGAGAGGUCUAACUCCUAAUAUUAACAAGUUAGCCGAAAAAGGUGUAGGAGCCAAGUACAUGCUACCGUCUUUCCCAUCGGUCACUUUCCCAAACCACUACACACUCGUCACCGGCCUCUAUCCUGAAGCACACGGAAUAGUCGGUAACGACUUUUACGACCCUCUUCACGAUCGUGAUUUCUACUACACAGACCCAAAGCGCUCGUUCGACUCGUUUUGGUGGGGCGGCGAGCCGAUCUGGGUCACUGCCGAAUUACAAGGACAAAAAUCGGCUGUUCUCAUGUGGGUUGGCUCAUUUGCCGAAAUUAAACAAACGCGACCGACGUACCAAAUCCCGUUUAAUGCUUCGUGGACGCUGGGAGAUAAAGUAGAUCAACUCUUGAAAUGGGUGGACGAGGAGGACGACAGAGCUAGCUUGAUUGCUGUGUAUGCGAAUCAGGUCGAUUUCUAUGGGCAUAGAUUUGGCCCCGUGUCGAAGGAAGUUGAUGAUGCAUUGAUCCAGGUGGAUGGAAUGAUUGGAGACAUGAUUAGUGGAUUGGAGGAAAGGAAUCUGACCGAGAUUGUUGAUUUUAUUGUUGUCUCUGAUCACGGCAUGGCAUCGAUAAACGCUUCAUCCUACAUAUAUCUCGACAAACUUCUUAAACAAUCACUACCCGAUUUCGAAGACCUCGUCUCCCCUCUCGAAGGCUUCCCGCUAGCCGGCAUUCGUCCUAAAAAUCUCGACUCGCAAGCCGACAUUAUCACCAAACUUCAAAAAGUCUCCUACAACGAACCGUUCGAUUGCUACCUCAAAGACGACGUUCCGCCUCGAUUUCAUUAUUCUAAAUCCGAUCGCAUUGCUCCGAUAGUAUGUGUCCCUGAAGUUGGAUAUGUACUCACCAGUACCGGGUUUUGGAAUAGAAUCGUGAGUAACGGCACCCACGGAUAUGAUAAUUUGUCAGAAGAGAUGAGAGCGAUAUUUAUGGCUCAGGGUCCGACAUUCGAGCUGUACAAGCAAAGAACGGGGCAAGGAAAUAUUAUGAACGAAUUUCGAAAUGUUGAAGUGUACAAUAUUAUGGCAAAGAUUUUGGAUUUGGCACCGGCAGCGAAUAACGGAACUGUUGGGAGUAUCAUUUGA